AUGGCGACCAAACCCGAUGAGAAAAUCGCAGUUCUGGAUGUUAAAUUAAAGCAGUUACUUAUUACAUGUGGGAGAACCGUAUCUGUGUUAGAAUCGACGAAAGAUAUCGCAAUAAAUCGCCAAAUAGAGUCGCUAAAAGCGCUUUCGAAAGAUGUCGAACAAUCGCGUCGCGAAGUCGAGCUACCAAAAAUUACAAACGACGAACCAGAAGAUGAAAUAACGACAUGGAAUGCCGAAGUUGAAGAGAAAUUAUCGAAGGCAGAUGAGGAUAUUAAGCGACUCGAGAAAUGGCAAGACGAAUACAAGCAAAAGAAAGAAAGAAUCCAUAGCGCGAGAAGAGCAGUUCAAGUUUGAAAUGAAGCUUCACGAAACUAAAUUACAACUUCAAUCGGAACAGAAUACGAAAGUUUUGGGUAAACAAACCAUUGGAGCGGAGAAAGAAGUUGCCGUGAAGCUGCCAAAGCUAGUAAUAACGAAGUUCGACGGGUCAUUUACCGACUGGAAUCGGUUUUGGGGGCAAUUCAGUGAAUCUAUAGAGAAAUCUGGCAUCGCAAACGUUGUGAAAUUUUCGUAUCUAAAAGAGCUACUUGGCGACAAAGUACGACGUGACGUCGAGUCACUUCCGUUUACUUCCGAAGGUUAUAAUCGGGCGAAAGCUAUAUUGUGUGAGAAAUACGGGAAAGAAAGCGAGAUCGUGAAAGCAUAUAGUAAGAACAUACUAGAUUUACCGUUAAUAACAUCGAAUAACCCAAAAAGGAUCAGCGAGUUCAGCGAAAAGUUAACGUACUGUGUACAGUCCUUGCAGACUAUGAAAAAGUUGGAUGGCGUGAAUGGUCUGACCUCAUUGACACUUGACAAAUUACCGGCGAUUCGAGGAGAUUUAGUAAGAUCAGAUAAGGAAUGGGAGUCUUGGGAUCUGGACAAACUUGCAGAAGCCUUGCGGCUGUGG